AUCUUUCUGAUCUCUCGAAUCAUUCGACCACCUCGCCUCAGUGUUCUCCAAAAAUGGCGACGAACCCAGGCAUUCUGACCAAUUGGCCAUGGAAACCUCUCGGAGACUUUAAGUGGUUGUUGCUGGCACCGUGGGUGGCACACAGCACUUACAAAAUGAUAACGAAGGAGGGAAAUGAGAGGGACGUUGGAUACUUUCUGAUAUUUCCAUAUAUUUUGGUGAGGAUGCUUCAUGAUCAGCUUUGGGUUUCUUUUUCUCGCUAUCAAACUGCCAAAGGCAAAAACAGAAUCGUUGACAAGAGCCUCGAUUUCGAACAAGUUGAUAGAGAGACCAACUGGGAUGACCUAAUAGUGUUAAAUGCACUUUCGUCUUACAUUGUGUAUAUGUUGGUACCAGAGGCUUCUAAUAUGCCAUUCUGGAGAGCGGAUGGAGUGAUUAUCACAGCAGUUCUACAUGCGGGACCUGUGGAGUUUCUGUACUACUGGUUGCACAGAGCUCUUCAUCACCAUUUUCUUUACUCUCGCUACCAUUCUCACCACCAUUCCUCCAUCGUCACCGAGCCCAUCACUUCUGUGAUACACCCAUUUGCAGAGCACAUGGCAUACUUUAUGUUAUUCGCAAUCCCAAUGUAUACAACGGUGAUAACAAGGACGGCAUCCAUAGUAUCAUAUGCAGGUUAUCUUAUAUACAUUGACUUCAUGAACAACUUGGGUCACUGCAACUUGGAGCUCAUCCCUAACUCUCUCUUCACCUUCUUCCCUUUCUUAAAGUAUAUCAUGUACACCCCCUCGUUCCACUCUUUGCAUCACACUCAAUUUCGAUCCAAUUACAGUCUUUUCAUGCCAAUAUAUGACUACAUUUAUGGAACUGUGGACAAAUCCACAGAGAUAACAUAUGAAACAUCAUUGAAGCGAACAGAAACCUCGCCACAUGUUGUGCACCUAACACACCUCACAACUCCAGAUUCCAUCUACCAUCUUCGUUUAGGAUUUGCUUCUUUAGCCUCCAAACCCCACACUUCGAAAUGGUACUUCUUCUUGAUGUGGCCUUUCACUCUUUGGUCUUCUAUCAUGACCUGCUUUUAUGGCCGAACAUUUGUUUUGGAGAGCAACACAUUCCAAAAUCUCACCGUGCAAUCAUGGGUUAUUCCAAGAUUCUUCGCACAGUAUAUUUCCAAGAGCCAAAGAGAGACAUUGAAUCAACUGAUAGAAGAAGCGAUACUGGACGCAGAGUUGAGUGGGGUUAAGGUCCUGAGUCUUGGUCUUCUAAAUCAGGCAAAGGAGCUUAACAAAUGUGGAGAGAUUUACAUACAAAGGUACCCCCAGCUAAAGGUGAAGAUUGUGGAUGGAAGUAGCUUAGUGGUUGCUAUAGUUCUUAAUAGCAUUCCAAAACAAACAAGUCAAGUGGUUCUUUGUGGUUCUUGCACCAAGGUUUCUCUUGCUAUUGCAACUGCUUUAUAUCAAAGAAAUAUCAAGGUAAUAACAACAUGCAAAGACAGCUUUGAGAAUCAUCAAUUAAGGAUAAGCAGACCUGAGUUGAGAAAGAAUUUGGUCCAUUCGACAUCGGACACUGCAAAAAUAUGGUUAGUAGGCGAGAAAUGGAAGGCGAAUCAACAAAUGAAAGCACCAAAAGGAUCGUUGUUCAUACCAUUGACCCAAUUACCUCUAAAGGAAUUGCGCAAAGACUGUUUUUAUCUCACCACACCUGCUGUGAUAGCUCCCUCUUCUUUUCAAAAUUUACACUCUUGUGAGAACUGGUUGCCAAGAAGGGUGAUGAGUGCAUGGCGUAUUGCUGGAAUAUUGCAUGGCUUGAAGGGUUGGGACGUAAAUGAGUGCGGAGAAGUGAUGUUCAAUGUUGAGAAAAUAUGGCAGGCGAGUCUUGAACUAGGGUUCCGGCCACUGCCACAGAAGAUUCCGUUCAUUGAAUCCUAAUCAACUAAAUCAUAUCAAGACAGAUCCUCUUAGUUUCAUGUUUUGCUCGCUCUGGCCCAAGUUGGCCGGAGAAGAUGAUCUGAAUCAUUUCAAUUAUUCUCGUCAUCUUUUGUUCGAUUUCUGUUACGUUAUGUCGUGAGACUGUAAUUUUUGUCGUUUCAUUUUUAUUUGAACUCUUAAA